AUGCCACUAUGGAGGGUGAUCAUGACGGCCCGUGGGUCACACGAUUCAGUUACCACAGAACCGAUUUAUGUUAGGCGUGGAAUUUUCCAGGGUGACUCCCUCUCACCAUUGUUGUUCUGCUUAGCUAUUAACCCACUUUCGUAUAUACUCAAAAAAUAUGAACUGAAAGGAUAUAAAUUCAAGGACAGUUUCUGGAUCAAUCACCUACUAUACAUGGAUGACCUUAAAGUUUAUACAAACAAUAACAGUAAUUUGAAAGUAUUUCUUGAUAGUGUGGAGGUAUUUACAAGCGACGUAGGAAUGCAAUUUGGACUAGACAAGUGCAAAAUAAUACACCUGAGUUCUGGAUAUAGAAGCAAUGCAAUAGGAGAAGGUCAUAUACUUUUAAGCGGGAAAACGUUUGAGCAACUUGCAAUAGGAGAUAGAUAUAAAUAUUUAGGAAUACAUGAAUCAGGAAAAAUAGAACACAGCAUCAUAAGAGAUCAAAUAACUAAAGAAUAUUUUAAAAGAAUCAAGAAACUACUGAACACACAUCUCAACUCACGAUAUCUGAUAAAAGGUAUUAAUACAUACGCAGUUCCAGUUUUACUUUACUCAUUUGGUAUUAUAAAUUAUAAAAAUAGUGACCUUAAGAAAAUAGAUAUAAAAACUAGGAAACUACUUGCAGUUAAAAAGGUACAUCAGCAAAAACAGAAACAAAAAGGCUAUACUUACCUGUGA